UCUCUUAUCAAAACCCCAAGCAACUCCCACAUUCCACCUCUCUCUCCCCUUUUUAUUUUCCUCAUCAACUCUCUCCUCUCUGUCUCCUUCUCUCUCUUUUGGAUCUUCUUCUGUCUAAGUUUUAAUUGUUGUACAGUUGUUUGAAUUCAAAGGGCUGGUCUUGUUUUUUUGAAUACGAGGCUGGUCAUUAUUUUCUUUCAUUUUUGUUUAAAAAAGGACAAGAAGAAGUUCCAAUUAAGAAGGUGAUCAUAUAUAAUAUGGCUCCUGUUUCAUUGCCUCCUGGUUUCCGCUUCCACCCUACCGAUGAGGAACUCGUCGCUUACUAUCUCAAAAGAAAGAUCAAUGGCCGUAAGAUUGAUUUGGAGAUCAUCCCUGAGGUUGAUCUAUACAAGUGUGAACCUUGGGACUUACCAGGAAAAUCAUUAUUGCCUAGCAAAGACCUGGAGUGGUAUUUCUUUAGUCCAAGGGAUCGGAAGUACCCGAAUGGAUCAAGGACUAAUCGUGCAACUAAAGCUGGAUAUUGGAAGGCCACCGGGAAGGAUCGAAAAGUGAACUCUCAGACGCGUGCCGUGGGUAUGAAGAAAACCCUAGUUUACUAUCGAGGGAGAGCACCUCACGGUGCUCGAACAGAUUGGGUUAUGCAUGAAUAUCGUCUAGACGAGAGAGAAUGUGAAAUUCCUUCAGGCUUGCAGGAUGCAUAUGCGCUUUGUCGUGUGUUCAAAAAGAGUGCAACUGGUCCAAAAAUAGGAGAGCAUUAUGCUAUCCCUUCUACCAGUUAUCAACUAACUAGUGACCAUUCAUCUAGCAUUGAACUGUAUUCCGAAGGAAGAUGUGAAGACUUGGAGAGCACGGAUUAUCGAAUGCCAUAUGAUAAUUCAUGCUCGCCCAACAUGGUAGCUGGAUCAUCACAUGAUAUCAGUGGAACUAGAGAUGGGAAAUGGAUGCAGUUCUUAUCAGAAGAUGCAUUUAAUUUCACACCUCCACCAUUUUCAAAUUAUGGAACCGUUUCAUACCCUCCAUCUAAGGUAGAUAUAACAUUAGAGUGUGCAAGGUUGCAGCAUCGGUUCUCACUUCCUUCAUUGGAGAUGGAGGACUUCCCUCAAGUUGGAUUCACUGACUUUAAAGUGUCACAAUUAACACCCAUAUGCGAAAGUGCAAGCGAAACUGAUAUUUUGCAGGAAAUUCUUUCAGUUGCUCAAGCUUCUCAGGAACUGACAAAUCAAAAUAACUUUCCGGGGACAUGGGGUGGAAAUUAUGCCCCGGAUGAAGAUUUUUCCUUUAUGGUUGGCAGAGAUACUUACAAUCAAGUUAAUGAUGUGAGUGCUGAGAGGUAUAUAGACAAACCCUGGGAAGAUCCAAAUGCAAGGUCAAUACAGAUUGGAGGUCUAGAUGAAGAUUUUAAGACAGAAAGGAUGACAGAGAACUUAAGAUGGGUGGGAAUGUCAGACAAAGAACUAGAGAAGAGUUUUAUUGAAGAACACAAGGUCGUUCCAAUAGAAGAUAUUUCAAACUUUCCAAGAAGAGAAGAGCAUGAGUUUCAAGGAGAAAGUGGGCAUGACAAAAGCUGUAAGGAAUUCAAUGAUUCAGAGAUGAAUAACUUCCAACUUGGAUUCAUCGAUGAGCCAAAUGAGAACUUUCUUGAUGAUGGAAACUUGGAAGAUUAUUCAAGCUCUCCGAGCUUCGAGGUCAUCGAGGAAGUUAAAGUUAAUCAUGGAAUGUUCAUUUCAACUCGCCAGGUAGCCGAGACAUUCUUUCACCAAAUAGUGCCUUCACAGACAGUUAAGGUCCACCUAAACCCCGUGCUGGUGAGUAGCUUCUCAAUAGAGAAAGAAGAUUCACAAAUUACAGCUGAGAAUAGAGCUUCCUUCCUUAGAAAGUUCAAGGCAUUCGCAAGAGGGAAGUUUGUGGCAUUCACCAAAGCAGUGAAUCCAUGUGCAAUCAUGUGUGUGGUCACACUUCUUUUGGUGCACAUGUAUCUUGGGGAGCAUAUGGAAGAAGAGAAAUUGAUGGAUGGCUUUAGCUCAACUGGCAGUGUGAAAGAAGAAGGUUGCUCUAACAAUGGGAAAAGCAAGAAAAUACCAGGCAGAAUCAAGUGCAAUGACAAGAGGGGACAGGUUUCAGUGGUGACUAACACAGAAGGGGGGAAUAGCUUUAGUGCUUUUUUCAAGAGAAUAGAGAUUUUCCUCACCGUUUCUUUGGCUCUUUUUACCAUGUGGGCUAACCACAUUAUACCUAGGGAUUGAUUGAUUGAUUUUUUUUUUUUUUUACUUCAUUUCUAACCAUAGUUGCUAAUUUGGGAGGGCAAAAGUUACCCUUCUCCAUAUUAUAGGCAGCUACAUCUCAAUAUACUUGUACUUCUUAU